AGACUCCAAGGCUGGCUCUUGUCUACAGCCAGGAGCUAAUGGCAGGGGACAGAGCCAAGCAUUGUGAGCUGGACCAGGAGAAAUAUGAUGCACACAACAACGUGAAGAUCAUCUGCCUGGGGGACAGUGCAGUGGGCAAGUCCAAACUCAUGGAGAGGUUUCUCAUGGAUGGAUUUCAGCCACAGCAGCUGUCCACAUAUGCUCUGACCCUGUAUAAGCACAGGGCCACAGUUGACGGCAAGACCAUCCUUGUGGACUUCUGGGAUACAGCAGGCCAGGAGCGGUUCCAGAGCAUGCAUGCCUCCUACUACCACAAGGCUCACGCCUGCAUCAUGGUAUUUGAUGUCCAGAGGAAAAUCACCUAUAAGAACCUGGGUACCUGGUAUGCAGAACUUCGGGAGUUCAGGCCGGAGAUCCCAUGUAUCCUGGUGGCCAAUAAAAUUGAUGCAGACAUACAGAUGACUCAAAAGAACUUCAGUUUUGCCAAGAAGUUCUCCCUGCCCCUGUACUUUGUCUCAGCUGCUGAUGGUACCAAUGUCGUGAAGCUCUUCAAUGAUGCAAUUCGAUUAGCUGUGGCUUACAAGGAAAGUUCCCAGGACUUCAUGGAUGAGGUUUUACAGGAGCUUGAGAACUUCAAGUUGGAGCAGAAAGAGGAUGCACCAGACCAAGAACAGAGUGGCGUGAUCAAGAGCCCUUCUCCUUCUUAAUCAAGAGGACACCCCCAUGUGGCUGAGCUGGGAUACUGGGGAGCCACUUGGAAUACCUGACAUCUCUGGAGAGCCUCUCUAGGUUACCUCUGCUCAACUUCCUACAGACCCAGUGUUCUAUGAUCCAUGAUGAGGUCAACACAAACACACUAGACAGACAUGACAUCCCAACUUCCUGCAGCAGGAUGAGGGAUCAUGUCUUUCACAUCUCCCCACCCUACCAGCAGCCUAGCAGUGUAGAAGCCGUGAACAUGCUCAUAUGUCUUAAUAGACAUUUGAUGUUUGUUGUCUUUCAUCCCAAACUGACCUCAGGGACUGUCCUCACACUCCUGCUGACAGAAUGACUGCUAGCCCCUGACUCCGCUGUGUCCUGCAGAAUCUGUGACACCUCUGUCCCUUUUCCCUCUGAAUCUCCCAGCCAACUUUUUUAACAAUAUUUUGGGCAGACAACUGUUAAUUGCAGAUUUUUAGUGCUAGCUGUUUCAGGAGCUCUUCUAGGUCAGGUGGAGAACACAGGGCUCUAUUGCAGUCACGUGACAACAGGGCAAGUCUAGCCAUAUCUGGUCAUAUACACACAUCACUAUUCCCCACCACGUGAACAACAGCUUCUUUUAAAGCCUCCAUCUCAGGGUAGAAAGCGUUCCUCCACUUCUCUAGAGCAAGUUAAACACUGCAUGUUCUACGGUGGCAGGAAAUGGCAGGAGAAGAGGUGUGCUGCUUCCUGCAGCUUGCUAGUUUGCUUUAUGAUUAUCUUGAGCAUCAUUUGCAUUGUCUUUAUAUUUUGUUUAUAUUGGUUCCUUUUUUUACAAUAAAGAUUAAAUUUCAUAAACA